AUGAGAAAUGUCCGCCGCGGAACGUUCUGUGACGUUUGGGCCAAUAUUCCCGGUCAAGGAGAGACUGUUUUCAAAAUUCUCUCUGAAGACCCGCAAAAUUAUCCAGACGCUCCUGCAGAAGGUAUAAGAAUUGUGCUGGAGAAGUUCACUGGCCAGAAAAUUGCCCGUGGCGAAAAACUGGACGGAAGUCUCAUAGAGUAUGUCCGCAUGGGCACCACUGUGGCCACCAACGCGCUGCUGGAACGCAAAGGCGAGAAGUUCGUCUACCUCACCACAGAGGGGUUCCGGGACGUGCUUGAGAUCGGCACUCAGGCCAGACCGGAACUGUUCAACCUCAAGAUCAAAAAGCCAGACAUCCUAUACGACACUGUGAUUGAGGCCGAGGAGCGGAUCACCGUCGAGACGUCGUCUGACGAUCCGAACGAGUUUGUCAUUGACGAGGCAGACCCGCAGGUAAAACUGACGCCGUCGGGCACUUACGUGCGUGUGCUAAAGCCGUUGAAUGUGCCGGACCUGGAGGCCAAGCUGGUGCGUGCUUAUGAGCAGGGAUACCGCACCAUUGCUAUCUGUUUUGCGCAUUCGUACCUGUACGACGAGCACGAGCUGAUUGCAGCCGAAAUAGCGCGCCAAAUCGGGUUCCACUUUGUGAGCAUAUCGUCUGAGGUUUCGCGGACGGUCAACUAUCUCCAGCGCGGCAAUUCGACCUGUAUUGAUGCGUACUUGACCCCCCAUGUCCAGAAUUAUAUCCGCAAAUUCGUGAGUGCUUUUAGCACGGUGCCGAAGGUGGAGUUUAUGCAGAGUGACGGCGGCCUGACGGACGCAAAGCUAUUCAGAGGAAUCAACGCCAUUUUGUCGGGGCCAGCGGGCGGAGUGGUCGGUGUUGCCGAAACCUGCUACCAAAACACGCCCUUGGUCGGCUUCGACAUGGGAGGAACGUCGACCGACGUGUCGCGGAUCGACGGGGCGUCGUUUGACGUUUCGUUUGAUAACAACACUGCCGGCCUCGAAAUCUCUGUUGGCCAGCUGCAGAUCCACACAGUGGCUGCAGGCGGAGGCUCGAUUUUAAAAUGGGAAAACGGCCUAUUCCACGUUGGUCCCGAGAGUGCCGGCUCCGACCCGGGCGCCGCGUGCUACCGCAAAGGCGGUCCUCUCACCGUCACGGAUGCGAACCUGUUCUUGGGAAGACUCGUGAUCUCGCAGUUCCCGCACAUCUUCGGUCCGUCUGGAGACCAGCCGCUGGAUUUGGAAGUCACGACGCGCAAAUUCGAGGAACUAACAGAGCAGAUUGCGAGGGACACGGGCAAGAGCCUCACGCCGCACGAGGUGGCGCUGGGAUUCCUGCAAAUUGCCAAUGUCAAGAUGGCCAACUCGAUCAGAGAAAUCACCGAGUCUCGCGGCUUUGUGGCCAAGAACCACAACCUCGUUUCCUUUGGCGGAGCCGGCUCGCAGAACUGCUCGGCGGUGGCACGCAACCUGGGGAUCUCAAGAGUGCUCAUCCACAAGUACUCGUCGAUAUUGUCUGCGUACGGAAUAGCACGUGCCCGCGUGUCACGUGAGCUCAAGUCGCCGUUUGUGAGGCAGUAUGUUCCUGGACUGAAGCGAGAUGCUGAGGCGUUGGUGGCGGAGAUGAAGCAGCGGAUUGUGGCGGAGCUGGCCGAGAGCCAGGGGGUGGCGAAGGACCAGAUCGAGUUCAGGGUCGCCUUCGGCAUGAAGUACAAGUCGUCCAACACUAUUUUCGAGGUCGAUUACGACAGCGACGACAUUCGCGAGAGGUUCCUCGAGACUCACAGAAGGGAGUUCGGCUUUGUGCUUCCAGACAGCUCGCCGAUCUUCACCUCCACCGUUUCUGUAAAGGGAACCAGCGUGGAGAAAAAACAGACUAGGGUCAACAUCGAGGAGCAGCUUGAAAAGUAUGCGAGCGUCGACAGCUGGCCAGAGUCCUUCGACAGCACGCAGACCGUGCACUUUGAGGACGGCCCGGUGGAAACCAAGGUGUUCCAGCUGCCGCAUCUGCGUGCGGGCGACAAGAUCAACGGCCCUGCGCUGCUGAUCGACUCCACGCAGACUAUUCUCGUGGAAAAGUUUUCGGUGGCCACCAUUUUGGAUUCCCACGUGGUGAUCGACAUCAAGAAGGCCCAGGACGGCGAGUUUGCCGAGAUCGGCGGCGUCGACGAGAACACGCCGCUCAGCAAGGCCGACCCGAUCCUGCUGACUGUGUUUGGCCACAGAUUCAUGGGCAUAGCAGAGACUAUGGGCCGCACGCUGCAGCGCACGUCUGUGUCGUCCUCGAUCAAGGAGCGGCUGGACUUCUCGUGUGCCAUCUUCGGCCCAGACGGCCGUUUGGUGGCCAACGCGCCUCACAUCCCGGUGCAUCUGGGCUCCAUGCAGUACGCCAUCCAGUACCAGCACGAGCUCUGGAAGGGAAAACUCAAGAAAGGCGACGUGCUUGUUUCCAACCACCCGGAGGCAGGAGGCACGCAUCUUCCGGACAUCACGGUGAUCACGCCUGUUUUCCACCAGGGCGAGAUUGUUUUCUACGUGGCUUCCAGAGGCCACCACGCAGACAUUGGCGGAGCAGGCAUCACGGCGAUGUCUCCAAAUUCGAAGGAGCUGUGGCAGGAGGGGGUCUCGAUCAAGUCGUUCAAGCUUGUCAGCGAGGGCAGAUUCGACGAGGACGGGAUAGUGGAGCUGUUCAACAAGGCCGGCGAGUUUCCCGGCUGCUCUGCCACGAGGAAAAUCAAGGACAACCUGAGCGACCUGCGUGCGCAAGUGAGUGCCAACCAGAACGGGAUUAUGCUGAUGGAGGCUCUUUUCGAGGAGUACGGCAAGGAGUUUGUGCAGUUUUAUAUGCGUGCCAUUUGCUUCAACGCAGAGCAGGCGGUGCGACAGUUCUUCCGCAAAAUCCACCGCCUGCACGGCGGCAAACCACUGGAAGCCGUCGACUAUUUCGACGACGGAACCCCCGUCAAGUGCAAAAUCACCAUCGACGGCGAAAAGGGCGAGGGACACUUCGACUUCAGCGGAACAGGCCCGGAAACGUACGGGCCUAUGAACACCCCGGCCUCCAUCACACACUCGUGCGUGAUCUACGUUCUGCGGUGCCUGAUCGACCUCAACAUCCCUCUCAACCAGGGCUGUCUGGCGCCGUGCCACAUCGACAUCCCGAAAAACACGAUUCUCAACCCGAGCGACUUUGUGGCCAUCUGCGGAUCCACCAUCUCGGGCCAGCGCAUCACCGACGUGAUCCUCAAGUGCUUCGGCGUGUGUGCGGCUUCCCAGGGCUGUGCAAACUCGUUUGGCUGGGGCCGUGGGGGCAAGGACGUGUACACGGGCAAGGUCUCGCCCGGCUUUGCUACCGGCGAGGCUCUCGGAGGCGGUGUCGGGGCCAUGGAGGGAUACCACGGGGCGUCGGCCUGCAAUGUCCAUUGCACCAACACCAAGACCACCGACAUCGAGAUCGUGGAGGCCCGGACGCCUGUCGUAGUCACCAAAUGGUGUAUCCGGCGUGGAUCAGGGGGAGCAGGCAAGUGGCGUGGUGGAGACGGAGCCACGCGCGAGAUCGAGGCGCGUGUGCCGCUGCGCGUCUCGAUUCUGUCCGAGCGCAGAAUCUACCACCCGUACGGUGUGGCUGGCGGUGAACCUGGGUCACGUGGCGAGAAUUUCUGGUUCAGGAAACAGGCCGACGGCGGGUAUGUGGUGACCAAGAUGGGCGGGAAGGAGAUCAUCCAGGUCCGGCCGGGCGACAGGGUCCAGAUCAACACUCCUGGUGGGGGCGGGUUUGGCAAGAGCCCGUAA